GAAAAACGGCGCUAUGGCUUACUUGGUUUACUUAGACGAAAACGAUGUAUCACAAAAAGAAGUGUCUCUCCCUUUCGAGAAGAAACCACAUCCUGAUUUUGAAGUAUUGGGAUCCUGCAGAGGAUUUAUUCUCUUGCUUCGACACCCACAAUUUCUUGUGGUAUGGAACCCACUGACUGGAUUCAGCAAAAGAAUAUCCUAUUCUCAUAUUGUUCGUCGUCUUAAAUACCAAGGCUUUAGGCUUCCCUACAGUAUGAAUCUGCAUGGAUUUGGUUAUGAUGCAUCACAGGAUGAUUACUUAGUUGUUGUAGCUUAUAGGGAUUAUGAAAGGCAAGAAGAUCACUUGGAAUGCUUGUCCUUGAGAACCAAUUCAUGGAUUAAUCUUGAUGCUGUACUCCCCAGACCAUUGGAUUGGUUUGACCACAAUUCUUGUGGGUUAUUCUUGAAUGGCGCUAUUCAUUGGGUGCCUUCCUGUCUUAAAGAUCACAGGGAUGCUAUUCUUAUCUUUGAUCUCAAGGAAAGGACUUUCUCAAGGAUAUCUGCACCGGGACAACUGCCAAUCAGUGAAUGCCUCUUUCCAUGUCUCGCCCUACUAGGAGAUUGCCUAUCUUUGUAUUGUCACAAUUAUAGUAGCCAUACAACUGAGAUAUGGGUGAUGAAAGAAUAUAAAGUGCACUCAUCUUGGACUCUCUAUCAGAUUCCUUGCAAAACCUUUCAGCCAUUGUGCUUAUCCAGUAACUGUGAUAUUAUUGGAAAAGGUCAUCCUUUCUCCGAUAAGAAAGGGUACUUAAUAUAUAAUGUCAGAGGAGACCUGCUCAAGCAUUUUAAAAAUCUUUAUUGUCCCAUCCGUGGAGCGGAUGCGGUGUAUACAGAGAGUCUCUUGUCCCUCCCUAGCGACAUUAAGGAUAAGGACAAGAAGAAUAAGAGGAAGGCUGGAUGUACCUAUUCUCCUUGCUUUGCAACGAGAUAUUCGUGUUAGUUUUCACUGCAUUGUGAUAAAUGAAUAAGGAAUGUGUAAUAUGCAUUAUGCAUCAAGUUGCAAUCACAUGUCACUUUAGUCUAUGGAUAUUGAAAUUUGAAUGUAUCAAUGCAGGGAAUCAUUAAUCAUCGUCUUGCUUCUUAUAGUCUGGUCUUGUAGUGGGGUUUUGAAGUUUAGAUAUUUUUCAUGUCUAAAGCUUUUGACUUUUUAGAUGAUUAUAAAGCGAUUACAUAAUUAAUUGCCUUUUUUUUGUGUUGUGGUU